ACGUCAAAAACUUGUAAACGUAAACAAAUGGAAUCGUCAUCGGCAGAUCUCGACUAGAAUUUGCACAAUUUUUUUUUGUAAAUCUCUCCUACCCAAAUUAACCGGGAUGGACGUUCUGGAUACCUAUUAUAACAAGGAAGAAUACGUUGAAACGGCUUCCGGCAACAAGGUCAGCAGGCAGACAAUUUUGUGCGGUUCACAGAACAUAGUUCUCCAUGGCAAAGUGAUAGUGCAGAGUGGGGCCAUCAUCCGGGGCGAUUUGGCCGCCGUGCGAACUGGCCGAUAUUGUGUUAUCUCGAAGGGUUCCGUUGUCCGACCGCCCUAUAAGCAGUUCAGCAAGGGAGUGGCCUUUUUCCCGCUACAAAUCGGCGACCAUGUGUUCAUCGGAGAAGGAGCGAUUGUGUCAGCGGCUUCAAUCGGUUCCUAUGUCUACAUUGGCAAAAAUGCUGUGGUCGGACGUAGGUGCGUCUUGAAAGACAACUGCAUCAUCGAAGAUGGUGCAAUUCUUCCUCCCGAGACUACGGUUGCAAGCUACAUGAGAUAUACAGUUGAUGGCAGAAUAGAAGGCGGACAGGGCAAUCCGGACUUUGUUCCGCACGCUAUGCAGGACCUGAUGGUGGAAUAUACCAAGUCUUACUACGAGCACUUUAUUCCGGCAAGUGGAGCUUAAAAUGUCGUCUGCCCGUCCCUUAGAUCUAUUACAAUAUAUUCCUUAUUUAUUAUGUUUCUCGUCAUUGCUUGAAUAAAACAUUAACACAUCAUA